AUGGACAAGCUCGACUCUCAACGGCCGGCGGCGAGAGCCCUUCAGACAGUCCGUAACCUACUUCUCGCCGUCGCCGUAUACACUAUCCUCACCGCCGUUCUUCAAUUCUUCUUCUAUGGUAGCCUGACGUCAACUCACCGUCCCAGACCCUCCAAUCAGCAGCAUUCCUCGUCUCAAUCCUCCACUGACCCGUCAACCGGCUCAAAAUCCUCCAACGGCUAUGCACAACUCCGGCCGGACUCUCUUGUCGUCGCUAACGAUGCCUAUAUGGGCACCCGUCCUCAUGUUGACACAUACGCGAAUUUCACACGCCUCGUAGAUGUUUGCCGAGGUAGCAUCCAGAGCCUUGAACGUAUGAAGUACGUCUACGACUGCAUGCAGUAUCUUAUCGAGCGUAGAGACGACUAUUAUUUUAUUCCCACCGAGAAUGCACCAUCGAUAGGAUAUCCGUCUUAUGUCCCAUCAUCUGUAGGCGACGUUGGAACUUGCAAUGGACCGGUGAUUCCGUACCAUAUCUGGUGGAGCGGGAAAUGCACAUGGCGAGUGGAGUUGUUCAUUAAGAGCUAUUUCCAUUCGCAGAACUUGCCAUGUUCUAGGUUGAAUCUAUGGUUGGAUGUUGAUGUGAACCCAAAUGCGGUCGAGGAGAUGAUGCGAGAUCCUGGGUUUGUAAGGUUCCUACCGUUGGUAAAGAGAGGCGAUAUUAAACUGAGAGAGUGGAAAUUCCCUGCCAGAGUGCUUCUGAAGCAGGCGAAUGAUGGCGAAGGGAAUGGGAAGAUCAUCAAAUUGGGAGAUGGCGCUUACAUCGAUGAAGUUGGAAACGAGUGGUUAGAAUUUUCAACUAGGAAGAUGACUUUCUUGCCUGUGGCAGUUUCAGAUGCGGUUAGAUUCGUGGUAUUACAUUAUGAGGGAGGCGUUUAUUGUGAUAUGGAUAAUGUUCUUCUGAGAGAUCUUCGACCACUUCUUAUUCCCCCAAAUCACGGUUUUGCGGAACGGUGGGGCUGGUACGAAGGACCUUGGGACUAUAACACCGCAAUUAUGUCCCUCCACCCCAACUCGUCGCUUUCUCAACACUUCCUAAAGGGUGCCGUUAAAAUGGGCAUCAACUUCCACCCAUACAUUAUCGGCCGACUUGUUUAUAAAGAUGGCAGAGGUGAGGAAUUCACCAUGUUCGAAGACGGCUUUUUUGACCCCAUUUGGGGCCAGUUCAAUACCCCUGGAGUAACAAGGUGUACUGUUCCUUGCUUGGAGAACUACGGAGAAGCGUUUUUGGGCAGAAAGGAUGCAAUCCCGAAGGAUUGGAAGGCAUAUGAUGGUCAAAGAUUUGAAGAGAUUGAUGGCGGAGUCAGUGGCAAUGACGCCGGCAGAAACUCAGAUGGCAGUAAAAAUGCGGGCCGCUCUGCAGAAGAUUCGUAUUGGAAUGAUAAGCGGAAGCGUCGAAAGCGUGGUCCCGUGGAGGAAGUCCACGCCCCCAUUCAAGAGCGCGCACCAACUGGAUUUGCACCUGGAUAUGAUAUCGAUAAGGAUCCUUAUCCACCAAACAAUCGUACUCUAGAGAACUUUUUCAAGGGCGCUUAUGCGUACCAUAUCCAUAAUCAGUGGGCUAAGCACCCUGAACCGAACUCUUGGCUUGAUAUGGUUCGGAGAACCCACGACGGGUUCCUGAACGGUAAUAGAGUCAACAUGUACGGCGAGAAAUGGAAUGGUCCGCAACUACCGUUGUAUGACCCGUUCCCAGAGUUUAGCUAA